ACGGACGUCGUUAGGUCACAUGGACAGGCUAUGUGUUUUUGUGUGAGGAGCUUCUACCUGGAUAGAGGAGCCUGUGAGGAAAACGUUUUAAUAACUUAGAAACUAUAUUAAAUAGAAAAUAAGCUCACUUUUUUAAUGUCGUCGUUAAUGAGUGGUACAACAGGUGUUUUUUAAACGUUACUUGCGUGUUAUCUUGAAGCGAGCUGAGCUUAUGGUGGACUUCGAUCCGUUCGACCUACCUGUCGACCAAACGAGGAAGUUGUGAGUCGUUGGUGUCAGUUCUUGGGCGAGAAAGUGUUUCCACUGAUGGCAGCUUUUUACCUCGAGGUUUUCUUCAGAGUGAAAGUGUGUACACGGUUUAUGCCCUGAAAGUGACGGUGUUGUGUUGGAGAAGGUUGGAGGAAACGGGGACAUUUUGAAGACGGUGUUGGUGAGGCUCGGCCGGCAGCGCUGCCUCAGCGGAGGGCGGGUGGAGCGAGACAGCAGGUGUCUGCCGUGUCACUGAGAGGGCAACAGACUGUGACAGACAAGGCCUGUGGUUUGGUAUCGAUGCAGCUGGUGGCCCACUGGCCCCACCGCACUUCCCUUGUGACAUCCCCUGGUGGCCCACUCGCAGUUUGCUCACAGAAUUGCAGAUAUCUGCUGGUGGCUGUCUGCUGACAGGCAGUGAAAGAUGAAUGAAUCAUUGGAGGAGAUUGCUAACAGUACAGUGAUGAUGGCUUCAGACCAUAGUGUUCAGGAUUCAUCUUCACUGUUCGUGUCAAACUUAAGUAGCAUGGGUAAUAUGACCGUAAUCAUAUCAACAAAUGGGACGCCAGAGGAGGACCAGAUCUUCCUGAACACAACUGCUGCCCAGGCUCUCUCAGGGAUAUUUGUUUGGUCUGCCUUGCUUAUCACUUGUCACCAGAUCUACUCGCACCUGAGGUCAUACACGGUCCCAAACGAGCAGCGAUACAUCAUACGCAUCCUCUUCAUCGUGCCCAUCUAUGCCUUCGACUCUUGGCUCAGCCUCCUCUUCAUCAGCAAUGACCAGUACUAUGUCUACUUUGACUCUGUCCGGGACUGCUACGAAGCUUUUGUGAUCUACAACUUUCUCAGCCUGUCCUUUGAGUAUUUAGGAGGAGAGAGUGCCAUCAUGGCAGAAAUACGAGGGAAGCAAAUUCAGUCAAGUUGCCUGUAUGGUACCUGCUGCUUGGCUGGAAUGAGUUACUCCAUUGGCUUCCUGAGGUUUUGCAAACAGGCCACCCUUCAGUUCUGUGUCGUGAAACCGAUCAUGUCCCUCAUCACUAUCCUCCUGCAGGCCUUUGGCAAAUAUCACGAUGGAGAUUUUAAUGUGACAGGAGGAUAUCUCUACAUUACCAUCAUCUACAACGUCUCUGUGAGUCUGGCUCUCUAUGCCCUUUUCCUCUUCUACUCUGCCACCAGUGAUCUCUUGAGGCCCUACGAACCUGUGCUCAAGUUCCUCACCAUCAAAUCAGUCAUCUUCCUCUCCUUCUGGCAAGGCAUGGUUCUAGCGAUCCUGGAGCGCUGUGGGGUAAUACCUGAGGCACUGUUCAUAGACGGCCAUAAGGUGGGCGCUGGAACUGUGGCAGCUGGAUGGCAGAACUUUAUCACCUGCAUUGAGAUGUUCUUUGCUGCCAUUGCACUGCGCUAUGCCUUCACAUACAAUGUAUACCAGCAAAAGAAGAGCCAUGCUCCGGAUAACAUUGCCCCCAUGCACAGCAUCUCCAGUGGACUGAAGGAGACAAUCAACCCUGGAGACAUGGUCCAGGAUGCCAUCCACAACUUCUCCCCAGCCUACCAGCAGUACACACAGCAGUCCACCCAGGAGGUGGUGCAGCCCACCCAGAAUGGAAAGCUCGGCCCCAGCGUCACCAAGAGCCCAAAGAAGUCUGACAAAAUCACUCUGAUCGACACGGACGACGAGUUCUAGAGAGCAGUCCGCAGUGAGUAUUUGGGAAUGGGAGCUUGCGGUUUUCAUGCAGAACAGACUCAGAAACUCAGACUGAAAUAUUUCAGACUGGCAUGAUCUGUGUGCUCUGCUUCAGAUUACUUAAUCCUAAAUUGAUCUGGGUCUUCUUAAGCCCCCACUAAUGAAGGCAUGUUAAUAAUAGUCAUCCACCCGAUUCCAGUGAAAAUGACUUUAUUAAGUAAUAUGAAGGGAUUAACAGAAUUAACGCUCAUAACUUCCCUGUUAGCAGCAGGGAAAAGAGGCCACUUUGCGCUGUUUAGUCACGUUGCUCAUCCGUGCCCCUCUGACUCCUGGCUGUACAACAGCAUGGUGGAUAAAUGUAAACGGUGGGAUAUGGAUUGGGUGUUCACACAGCUCACUCUGGCUGGAACUGACCCUUCACAGAGUAUGGAAGCAUGUGCCCGUUUGAAGUAUUUGCCCAGGGGCCCUCCGCCGGGGUCUCCUGACAAACGGAACCGUCUCUCAAAGACACCUCAGCUUUGGAGCGCACACUUCAAACUGUUUACCUAGACCCUUUGAAACACUUCACAUCUCUCACAUCACGGACAAAAUGGAGGGCUUUCACGCCACUUGCAGUGACUGGGAAGCUCAUUAAUUUUCUUGCCAUGCACUCCAAGCAUGGCAAACUGGAUGAGAAUCAGGGAAUUUCAGCAUCUUGUUCUUUAAAUGGACCUGCGUUCUUAAUUGUAAAUAAUUUGUAUAAGAUUAUUAUUUGGUUGGUUGUACAGAUUAUGUUUGGGAAUGUAUAGGGUAUAAUUAAGCAUGUUGAUUUGCAUUUGGUUCUAUCCACUGUUUUGUUUUUCCCCACAUUAAUUUUUCACUUAGUAAGUCACAGAAAGUCACAAAUUAACUCAUUUUAGUUAAAUUAAGGUAAACUGAAGUUGAAAAUAUUGUAUGUUUUUAACAAGCCAUAAGCUUGUUUAAUAAUCUGUUUCUCAGCAGGACUUUUAAACCAUUUUAGAAUGUUAUAUUAAAUAAUAAUAAUAAGUUAUAUUGAUGCAAUGAUGACCACAAACUGUGCCUCAUCACAAUUGGCAAAGCUUUUACAGGGGAUCAGCCAUGGAACUAAGUUAUAAAGCCUUUAAACCUACUAAUGUAUAUUGGAGUAGACCUUUUCAUUUCUCAACUGGUCUUCCAAACUCUUAACAUGUCAUUUAUUAUUUGUGGCAAUCCAAACUGUCUCAGUCAGUCUUGAACUUUUAAUAUACAUGUUGUAUUAGGAGCAGGGCUCAUUUAUGCAACUUGUCUUCUGUUGUGCCAAUGAUAACAGCCUUAUAGAUGCUCGUGAAAGAAGCAGAUUUAAGGUUCUAUGGUAACUUAACGUUGUACAUUAUAUGCUAUAUUCUAUGAAUCACCUGAGCUUAGGUAGUUUUAAGUAAUAAGCAAUGCAUGUUCAUAAUUUUGUGGGUUUUAACUGUUAAAAUUGUCAUGUUUAUAAAAGUUUCUCAUGAAUAAAAGAAUGGAUAGUA